ACGACAUUAGACCGACUGGACGUGCCAAGAGAUUAAUUAAAAUAAGUAAUUAUGUGUUGGAAACAGUGUUUGUUGGUAGGAGUGGUGUUCGGUGCGGUACAAGCUAAGCUAGCAGUAUUCCAACCAGGAUAUGAAGAAUACUAUGAUCAUCCCAAAUACGCUUUCAACUAUGGAGUCGCGGAUCCCCACACUGGAGAUGUCAAAUCACAGCACGAGACAAGAGAUGGAGAUGUAGUUAAGGGCCAGUACUCGUUAGUUGAACCUGACGGCUCAGUCCGCACCGUAGACUACACUGCUGAUCCAGUCCGGGGGUUCAACGCCGUUGUAUCGAAGACGCGGCCCAGUGUGCACUCGGCCCCAGCCCCCACGCCAGCUCCACAGCCGAAACAAUUCAUACAGUACGUGCCAAAACCGAUACCAGUGCCGGUAGAAGUGCCGAGACAGUAUUUCCCGCAACCCUAUUCUGGACCGGACCCUUUCCUGUUCCCGAAUGCCGGUCCUCAGAUCCCAGACUACGACGGGUUUGACGUUGACGCAGCGUAUCCACCACCGCCUGGCACAUUCUUUUAGUUUAGUUACUGUGUUAAUUUAAAUUUGUAAUUAAGAGUGUUAAUUUAAUAUUGUACAAAUAUAUUUUAUACGCUUCAAACCAA